AUAGAGGUAAGUAUUAACUGAGUUUAAUUCAGUAAAUAACAAUUUUGCAAAAGCCUGAUAAAAAUUGAUGUUGAUGUCUCUGGGUUCUGUUAAUUUCUCUUCCCCAAGAUUCCUCCUUUAAGCUUCAAGACAUGGUUUUGCAGGAGGAUGCUGGAGGUUUGUAAGUGUUAGGUCAGUUCAGUGGUAGUGCAGUUUUAUUGUUUUUAAGGGAGAGUUCUCCUGGUUAUUCUUGGUAAGCUGCUGUUAAAAUAAAACCAAAAAGAAAAUCAGGUUUUGGUACAGCUGACUCCAACACUGGGUAGAAUUUUCUUUUUAAAGUACUUACUGGAAUUGACACAACAGAAGUUUAAAAAUGUAGUAAGCGCUGUACCCAAGAAAGCAGCAACAAACCCGUUUGAGAUGAAAGGAAGUUCCUAAAAAAGACAGUUCCUAAAAAAGCCAAAGGCAGCAAGACUCUGUGAUGCCAGUUGCCUAUUUGGAGGUUGUGGCUUGUUUUGUUUUUAGCAUCUGCUCCAUCAGCAAGAUGAAUGUGAAAAGCCUGGAUUUGGGUGUUGCCUGACCUACCACCAGAUGAAAAUAAUUAAUUGCCCUUGUGCACUUACUGCAGUCAGAACAAGAUGUAAAUCCUGUUGCAGCUCUGUGAUAUGUGCAGUGUUGUUUGCUUCUUGUACAUUCCAGCAGGCUCGUGGAGGCUGCUGCAGCCCAUGAACUCACCACAAGGCAAGCACUACUUGCUGCAUCCACUUUGGCACAAAGUAAUUGGUCAGCAGUCAGUAUUUUUUACUUUGGUGAUUUUUUUUUUAAUUUUUUUUUUUUGUAAUAAUGGAAGGAAUAUUUGCUGUGGUUUCUCCAGCUACAGAUGGCUGAGUGGGUGAUCCAGGCUGGUUGCUUUCAUUUGGAACAGUUUCACACUCCUGCACCCAAGGGCAGCUGGUAUUGUUUCCUUUUGGUCAUCUCAGCCAAAGAUGGGCGUAUUGCAUAUCGAAGGCAUUUGCCUCCACUCAAUUGUAAAAGAAAAUUAAUUGAUCUCAGACUAGAAUCCAACAAUUGCUUAAUGAGAGAUUAGAGGAGCUGAAGUCCAUCAUCAGACCAGCCAGCUACUAUCCCCAGAGGAGUGUUGGCAUUCCGUGCUUUUCACUGCCAUCUUUCUUGACUUUAUUAACCUGUGUAGUGGAAAUCUGGAUUUUUGUUAGUUUUUUCAGUCAGUGUCUAAGGAGAGAUAAAGGAGGAGGUGUAUUUUUCAGGCUUCUACAGUAAUACUAUGCAGCACUGUAAUCUCAUUAAUGUAUUUUGUUUAUGCUUUUUGGUGAGGCAAUUUGAGAUUCUGCUCUGCUGCAGGUAGUUCAGCAGUGUGUACAAGGUAGUGUAGAGUCUGAGGCUGGCAGUAAGUGCAAUUUCCAGGGUACAGCUUGAGGUACAGCAACAACCAGUGGUGGUGUGGAAUAAGAGCAGAUGAAGUGUUGUUUUUCAGGGCUGACAAGGUGCUUGGAUUCUUGCUGUGCAAACAGAGACAAGUGGCUACCCUCUCUCUCCUCCUAGUGCUGGUUCAGAGUGACUUGCAUGUCAUUCUAUUUGAUCAAACUCCAUCAGUCUAGACCUCAGGAGUCCCUCUCAUCUCUUGAGUUAUCCAUGUGUGUGCCAUUUUAUAGAGUGGUUGAAGCACCCUUCUCCACCCAACAGCAUUGAUAACAUUCCAGGCAGUUUUAACUCUGUUUUAUAGCCAGAAAAAGUCGAUGACACAUGUUCUGAUGAAGCAGUGUCUGUCCUUGAAAGCAUGAGCCCUCUCUUCCCAGUCUCUUUUUUCUCUUGCUGAUGCUGUGAGGAGCCUGAGUAGUGACUAUGAUUAUGACUUCUUUCUCUAUAAACUUUUCCUCCUUUACUUUGUCUUUUGAGAGGUGGGUUUAAUGCAGAGGCUACAAAAUUUGCAUGCUGUUUUACUAGCUAUAAAGAGGUAACCAGGGUAAAUCGACUGACCACAGUGGUGGAGUGGAUUUAAUAUUAACCUGCCAGUUACUGCAUACAAGUUCUCUUUAUUCAAAGUCACAAUUCCUAGUCUUAAAAGAAUAGGAAGAAAAAAGGCACUCUUGUGCUAUCGUAGUUAGUGUAGCAAUGGAUUUUUCCAUCCCCUGUGUGUUGCUCCAGGCUUUUCCCACAACUUCCCACAAAGUUAUGUGUUGAGAUUAUUUUUCUGGCUUAAAUUCCAUAUUUUUGAUAAUCAGUGUAUUGUAGGAAAGUGUGUACUGGAAACUUGUAUAACGCUGUUCUUUCCAGCAAGUGACUUGUUUGUGUUCUGCUUGGUCUGCUUCUGGUCUAGCCCUGAUGCUUUACCAGUGCUGGGUGAGCAGCUUUUUGCUGAUUAGCUACUUAACAGGUUUCACUACUUGGAGCUUGUAAUUUCAGUUUUUAAGAGAGACUAGUGAUGCCAGAAAUUUAAUUUUAUUAAAAGUACAUUUUUUAGUAUAUUGGUUGAUACUGUCCAGGUUUGCUGUAAAUGUCUGCCUCUCUCUGAGACAGAAGCUCAGUGUUUAUCAGAAAUGUCUAGACCUUUUGUUAAUGGAGAAUUCACCACCAUUCUUUGCCUUGACUCCAGAAAAUAAAAUUACUUUAGUUUUUCGAUUGACUUGAUAAGAGUGUUUCCCAUCUUCAGUUUCUGACAAACACAUUUCAAACAAAUCUGCUUCUGUGCUUGGAUUGCUGAACAUGGGAAUAUGAGAAAAGCUGGUCUUGACUAUCAGUAAUUGUUUUGGGUGUUCCCUUUCUCCUGAAGGAAUUGUGAAAUUUUCAGUGGGACAAUGCCUCUGUUUUUUAUUGUAAAUUCAGUACUAUAAUCAUUAUUCCAUCGGCUGAACGAAGAAUGUGAUUUUUUUUUUUCAAAGUAGGUAGCAUGUGCCUGAUUUGAGCUGCCUCUAUAAGCUGCUUUGCAGGAGCCAUCCUGUCUCUUCUGGUGGGUGUUGGAGACACUGUUUUAUUCCCUUUGUGCAGUUCUUGUGGCAGUGGGCUGGUCAGUCAUGGAUUCUACCAGAGCAGAGGGUUUGGAGGAAGGAGCUCAAUGAGUAUAGCUGGACUGUGAACUAACUUCAGGUUCGAGGGUUCAUGGCAGUCUGGUUUUGAAUUUGUAAUCUGUUCAGGGUUUUUGCCUCUAAACACUGUUGUUAUUAGUCCAUUAACUCUGAGGUCUAAAAAAGUUUAUCUUUUCCCAGGCACGACCUCUCCUGAAAAUACAGUAUCACUCAUGGAGAGAACUGUGUGGCUCCUCAGUGAUGUUUCAGGGAAAGGUUUUAGCAAACCUUCGUUGGCAUUAAAACCAGGAAGUGGACACCUGAUGUGCAGUAACCUUUGACACUGAUGUGCUCAUCUGUUGCUGGGAAUGUUGUCUUGGCUGAAAUAUCUGAUGUGCAGCCAAACACAAAACAGGUUUGGGAACAGCCAAACACAAAAUAUUAGCAACGUGCACUGAGGAAGAUCAGUGCUGACUGCAGUAACACCUCAAGAUACACAGAUGCACACAGAGCUUGGCAAUACCACUAAAGCAUCAGCAGCUUGGAUUUCAGUUUGUAACCAUCCCCAGUACAAUGCAGAGAAAGUUUUAGUUGGAUGCAAAACCAAUUCAAUGCUUCAAAGUCCUGUCUUCUUUUUUUCCUGAAGCAAACUCGGACAAGUUGUGGUGAUGUGCUUGUGAUGGAAACACUCUGGUGCUAUGACCACUCUCAGUAACUUGCCAGUAUCACUCCAUUCCAAAAUAAAUGGGCUGCUUUAAAUCAUUCUGAAGUUGCUCAUAGGAGAUAGAAUUGUCUCAUCUUUCUGGGACAUUAAACAUUAUAAUCAUGACUACAUGAUUAUAAACAUGAGUGAAUUUCUUUAUUAAUGGUAUCCUGGACUUCCACUAAGCAACUUAAAACCGAAACCAAAUGCAAACUAAGUAACAAGAAGAUUUGUUUGAAUAUUACUGAUGACUUGUCUUCAUUCAUAAGGGGAGAAAACUUCAAGUCUGAAGAGCAUUUGCAUAGUGGGUGUUUUUAGGAUAACCUACAGCAAUUUUUUAGAAUUGUAUUUUCAAGAAAUUAAAAAAAAAAUCUAAUCUGGAAAAUUAAUACUUGAGUAUCUGAGUUUGAAAUUAAAUUGUGUAUUUACUGCUAGCAAAGUGUAUAAGGCUUGCUUCCAUAAUCAGUUCAGGCAGCUUUUACAAUGCCUCUCCUCCAGUGGAAGCAUAUUCAAGUAUGCCUUUGUUUCAGCAGCAUUUUGUUGAGCUUUUGUUUCGUGUGAGUUACACAAAGCUUAGAAACAGUCUUUUGUACUUUUUAAAAGGGAAUGAGUCUGAAAUAGUUUUUUGAUUAGUAGAGUAUGUUAUGUAUCGUUGUACUUUGAAGUAGGAAAGUGUUUAUGUUCUAGGAAAUGCAUGUUUAAAACCAUUUUGUCUCCCAUAAUUGUGCUAUUUAAGCAAAUCAUCUUUUAAAGAGAAAAAAUAGGUGAGAAUGUGUGUUUGGGGUUUUGAGUUGAAUUGUAGUAGCAGAUGUAUGCCCACUGAAAUAUUUUAGGUAACUGCAUUCUACUUGCCAGUGGGGACCAGGCUGUGGCUGUAAGCAGGAUGUUUCACUGUCACUGUGAUUUCAGAGACAUGGGUGGCUUUCAUAUCUUGGCUUUUAUUGUUAGGCUGUUUUGGAGUCUCUUUCAUUUACCAGAAUGUUUUAGGGUGUUGCAUAGCAUUUGCACACCUUUGUUUUCUGGAGGAAAUUUAUUCUCUAGGGCAUCUGUUAGUGAGAUCUUAUCAAAAUAGACACCUUGUGCUUUAUGAGAACAAUUUGUCCUUUUAACUACAGGGGUAUGAUACAGAGCAGUAGGUGUGUUAUGGAGAGACUGCCUUUGAAAAGAUGAAAAACAUGUUGAAAGGAGGUAAAAACGUCACUUGACUUGCUGGUGAAACACUGAAGCACAAUGGUCUGUUACCAAUCAGUUAGGCUUAUUAACAGUGAAGGGAGAAGAAAAAUGUGUUUCCAUGGAAUAUAAUGACUGCUGGGCUGAUAAAUAUUUUCUCCCUCCAAACACUUCUGGUUUUACAAAACAAGCAGUGUUACACCGCCCACAUACCCAUGAAGCUUAAAGUCCUAAAUACCGAAUUUGCCUUCUUUGUUUCAUUCCAAUUACUUUAAAGAAAAUGUCAAUCUAUGUGCAACUCACUUUGUGUUUACUGCUGAUGACUGAAACCAGUCAUGUUUAUGAUCUUUUUGGGUCUUAGCUUCCCACAUAUGAAACACAAGAAAGAACUUCCAAACUCUAUCUGUGUGUAAAAAGACAAUCAUAAUCUGUAAAAUUCUGAAAUAACUGAUUUUUCUUUCUUCAUAUUAGGAUAUUUGCCUGUAGCCUUCUGUCUCAAAGCAUGGUCCUGUACUAUUUAAUAAAAUGAGAAUGAACUAAUAAAUUACUGGAGGUUUUUAAAGAGACCUUCAUUUUUGGAGUACAAAUCUGCUGUCACCUGGACAACAUGAGGGGAAAUGGAUGCUUGUUGCCUAUCUAAAUCAGUUUUCAUUAAUACAUGAGAAUAAGGAAUUUGUUUUAUUUUUGGCAGGGAAAGAAAAAUCCAGUAAAAAAACCCAAAAAACAGACUGAGUGGUUGAAUUCACUAUCUUAUUUCCAGCCCUCUCUUUUCUUUCUUCAAAAAGGAUCAAGUUGUAAAAAAAUAAUUAGGGAUUAAGAUUUGGUUGCAAAAUAAUAUUAGCCUGCACUUACAGCAGUAGUAUUCAGUGGCUUGGUUUCUCCAUUUUACUUUGUGGAAGUAGAAUUCAUGUGUUUUGCAUAUAGCAGGUAUAUGAAGAUGUAGACUAAAGAACAUUCCUAGUUGUUCCAUUCCAUCUUUUGCUAUUGAUACAACCAAAUCAUGAAACUGCUUUCAUAAUGCUAUCCACACUACUGUGUAGACCUGCUGAAAAUUCUUUGCCAGAAUUGUUCUGUUGUUUCUAUUUUACUUUGUAGUAGUGUAGAUCAAUGAUGUUAAAGUCUAUAUUUUCUUGGGUUACAGGUAUUAAACAGAAUUUUCCUUACAGCUGUAUGGCAGCAUGAGGAAAAGCCUCCUGCCAUAGGAGAAGGCAGACAGGGAGCAGGAGUGUUCUGUAGCUCUGUGUUCCCAGCUGAACUACAGGAGGCAUAGGGAUGGAAAAUCUACUGAUGUUCAUCACCUUUGCAUACAGGAGGCUGCCACUGCAGCUGAGUCUAUGCCUAAAGUGAUGGAGGGAUUGUCAGCACAAGCUGACAAUUUGAAAUCUGUCUGUUACUUUGGGAGAAUAGUCUUUUACUGGUUUUACAGAGUUUGGCAGGCUGAGUUUGAGAAGCUGUUCUUUAGGAUUAGGGAUCAGGGUCAAACAAGAAUGAGAUGUUUUCUUGGAAGAAGUUAAAUGCUUCACUAUACCCAUGUUUAUUUUUAGAGUGAAAUUGCUUUAUGACUUCCUAAUGAGCUUGAAAGUUGACAAGGAUUUAAGCUGUCUCAUGAAAUACCCUGAACACUGAGAGAUGGCACACUAGCUAGUCUGAAGUACAACUAUCCAAGCCACUAGCAGACAAUUUCACCUAGUGUACUGUUUAUCUGUCUGAUUAGAAUUGCUGUCCCCCUAGUUAAUAUUCACAGAAAGCAAAGUUUCUGUUUAAGGGCACCCUGUGUUUCCUUAUUCAAGACGAGUAUGAAGAAAGAUCAGGAGAUAUCCUGCCUUGCAUUUUGAAUUGUCAGGAGGAAAGGGAGCCACUGCUAUGUUCUGAUUGUUUGUGCUGCUUUCCCAUUGAUCAACUAAAUUGGCAAUCAGCUCCACUGUCCUGAGCAUGUGGUUCAGAAUAACCAGAAAUAUGGGCUAUUUACCAGCAAAUAGCAAUAUCACUGAGUGUCAGUGCAGUUCAAAAUGUGGUUUAACAGCAAAUUUCGUGCAGGAAAAGGCCAAUCAUGCCUUCCUUCUAAAGUACAAAUAAUCCCGUGAUGGGGUUAUCAUCUUUUCAAGACUCACAAAAAGGUCUACACUGUUUUCAAGUGAGAUGCUUGCAUACUGUCAUUUCCAUUUCCUAGUGUUUUCAGCCGUCCUAAAACUGAGAGAAUUGAAGAAUCCCAAGGGACGACCUUCUUUGGCAGAUGAAGAUGAAUCAGUGUGUCCAGCAUGAACAGUCUUGUCCUAUUUCCUUGUCUUUUCCCACCUUAGAUCCAAUAGAAAUUGUGACAUCUGGGUUGCUGGUAGCAGCAGUGUAUCUCUGUGUGUGUGUGUGAGAAUGUAACCAUUCUGCAUUUAAAAAAGAAAAUGGAAACUUAAAGAACUGUUAAAUCUGAAUAAAAUACAUGUUAAAACACGUGAAGGUCGCCAUGUGCUUCUGAUUGCCCCACCAGAAGCUUCUUGAAAAUUGGUUUUGUUAGUUUGUUUUCUCCAAUGAAGUUCCUUAUUUGUUUGGCAUCAGGCUACUUUUUGCCAUUGGAUUUGUAUCACUUUAAGAAAAUGCAGAAGUGAGAUUUAAAGAAAUCUUCAAAGAAAGACAAAGGUUGCUUUGAAAAAUCACUUCUAAAAUUCAGUGUACAUAAUUUAGGUACCUAAAAUUUAGGUACGUAAGCAACCUUGACACAACUUUUCAUGUAUAACUUCUGAACGAGAAAGGUGGAGUAUUUUGGAUGCAAAUAAGUAAUGAACAUUUUGGGAUAACUGAACUAUAAUCACUUUGUGAAUCAGCAAUUUCUUAAAAGAUCAGUUAAGUGUUGUGCUUUCUAUUGGUACCAUUCAACAAAUGAAACAUUUUAUUUAAUGAAUAAUGAAGAGAGGAGUGACUUAAUAGUUUUUUUUUUGAACUCAGGUCAUGAGAUGAGAUGGUCACUGAAGGUCUAAGUACUCUUGUUUGUUUUCUUAGUAGUUCACUUUAUUGAAGACUGUUGUUGAUCAUUAAUUCUUCUUUACGAUGCUGAAGGUAGGCUUGGUUCCAUGCUCUUAUAAGUCCUUAAAGGCUUCCAAUAUUUUCAGCAGCCUCUGCUUGCUCUUUGUGUCACCAGCAAUGCCCAUUAACUGGCAAAGUGUCUCUGUGUGACUGAAGGUACUUCUAAAGGUAAAAAAGGGAAAUGCAGUAUUUGCAAGAAUCUAAAAUACCUUGCAGAACUUGCCAGGCAGUUCCUGCACUUACAUACCUCAAUUGCUUUCUUAAAAUCUAUUCAUUUCCUUUUUAAAAUGUCCUCUUUCCCUCAGGACUCUAUUAAGUGGCUUCCCAAGUCUCCUAAACUGUACAGUGGCCAUAACUGGAGCUCCCAGGGCUCUCGCUGGGCCUCAUUGAAAGGGAAGGAAGGUUUUCAUGGUGGCAACCUGUACAAGUUCAGCUCUGCUAAUGGAAAAUGGAGAGAAGGAAGGAUCAGUCCUGAGCAAGAAGCAGAGGAACUCGAGGAUCCUGAUGAUGAACCUAUUUCCAAGUUUUCCGGCAGCCUUUUUGAUAGCAACGAAAGCACGCGAGAUCAAAGAAAUAACAGAACAACGCUUCAAGAAAGGCACAAGCUGGCAAUGAAAGGGAAGGCUCUUCCAGGAUCUCACCCCAGGGUGCAGCCACCUGUGUCAGCAGCAGGCAGCUUCCCCGGCGAGAGCGGCCGGCCCGCGGAGGAUGCGCCGCAGCCCCCGCUGAAGGUAACCAUUACUGUGUGCAGCCAAAUGGGGAGUCUUGGUAUUAGCAUUGCUGGUGGAAAGGGCUCAUCUUCAUGUAAAGAAAGCGAUGAGGGGAUCCUGAUUGCUCGGCUGCCAAAAGAUGGUCCAGCAGACUUGGCUGGUGUACAAGCAGGAGACAGAGUGGCUGAGGCAACCUUUGUUUCAGAAUCUGCUGCCCUUGAUGCUGGUCCUACUGAAGCUUCCCCCAAGGGCAGCCCCUCCCCGACAGUCAACCAUGUCAUCACAAUACCCCGGAUAAUCCUCACACGCCCUUCCACUUCUGAUGAAGAUGCCGACCAGUUGCCCCCAGAUCCUGAGGACUUCGAGCCCGAGGAGCCUGACAGCGCAGAAGGCCAUGCCUAUUCAGACUGUCUGAGCAGUGCUUUUUAUCCUCCCUAAUAAAGUACUUUUCUGGCAGGAGUUGAUGGGUGGUUUUAUUUCCCAUUGUUUGAUUACAUUUAAUGUAGUACUUGAACCGCUAUGCCUUAUUUAUAGCGAAAACCAUUACGUGGGGGAUGGAUUUCUGAGGAGAACCCAGUUUGUACUUCUUUGCCUUGAACUUCCUUCAGCAAGAACUUACGAAGUUUGAAUGAAAUGCACUGGGUCAAAUUCUGUGAAUGUCACCACAUGUUUCAGUAGCCACUUGUGAAGGUACCCUGCAGCACCUAAAGGUAAUGGAGAAAAAAACAGGUGAUUUUUAUUCAGAAGGUACUUUACCCAUUUGGAAUCACACUGAAAGCAAUUGAUAGUUGGGUGGGAUUUUUAAAAUCUUGUAUCCAUGAUUUGUCUAUACAGCUCAUCCUUCUAUUUCCCCCCAGGUUCCUUUGAUUUGUCCGUUUAAAUGUCAUUUUCUAUGAGAAUUUUUUUAAAAAAAUCUGUCUUUAAAUAGUCCUGGUUUUUGUGGUGGUUUUUUUUUUUUUUUUUUACCCACUGAGAAAUGUUAUCUGUGUUGGAAUUCUGUAUCUCAUUCUAUUGUAAUAAAGAACAGUGUCUCCAGUUAUACCAGUAAUGUGAAUGUAUAUCAGAUUUGAACAGGACCUGUAGGUUGUAUUUGAUUAGAUCCAAAUGCAGGAGGCACCUUAUGCAACUGUGUACCUGAGAGUGAAGAGAGAAGCAAUUUCUUAUGCAUGAAGAACUGUCUGAAACUUGUUUGUUUCCCCUGACUUGCAUAUAAGCAGAAUGCUUUUAAUUUGCCUUACUGCAGUAUGCCUGUAUUUCAUGUAUAUGUGUGUGUGUGUGUGUGUGAGGUAAGCAUUUAAGAGCAAAUUGUCCUGUACAACACUUUUCAAUCCUUUAAUUCUCUUCACUGCUAUUCAGUGCAUUGGUUUCUAAUGCAUUUUAAGCUGUUUAAGAAGACCUGUUUGGGACUGUUCUUUUUCUGGGGUUCCACGGUGCUGCCUUAACUCAGAGGUGGGGUCUGGCCCUGCUAGAUUUGAAUGCCAUGACUUUCUUUUUAUGUACAUUAAAUGUGCAUUGAUGGUUUUUAUGAUGUUUAUACAGUUUAUUUUCCUGUAAAUGUAAUAUAACACAACCCAGUGACCUGGUAAAUGCUCAUAUUUUAUUCAUAUUCUUGAGAAAGAUUUCUCAGGUGAUCAUUCAUAACUUCAAUGAAUGCUGAUAGCUGACUUUUACAGAAUUAGAAAAUUCCCAGGAGGGUAUGGCUGUCACAAAGAGAACAAUAUCUCCUACUAACAAAAGGGAUAUUUUAUUUUGAAAAGAUGGAUUUGUGCUAACAGUAUGAUACCAAGUCAAUGGCAUUCACUUUGAUUUUUUAUUAUCUUGUACAUCUGCAUUUUAAUUUA